GCCUAUUAUCACCUACCUUACCCACAAGUUGUGACGCUUUUGUUUUCUCGUAGGGCCACUUCGCUUCGUUACCUUCCUCGACACGAGGUAUACCUAGGCAAUCUACCCUGAUCUUAAGUUAAGGUAGGUAGGUAUCUGACCUGAGCAACGGGGAACGGCGAGCUCCAUUGUGUCUCCUGGCACACUCGAUCCGUUCACCCCGUUAAACCCUUGUGGCUUCCCGCGAAGACCUGGCCCAAAGGUACUUUAUAUCGAUCCAUUGGAAGCUUUCCUGGCCCGCUGCCCUAUUUCCAUCUUCCUUACCUUGAGGUAGUUUCUGGAUUUUUCGACCCCCAAAGCCCGCUUUACCUACCUCCCCCUUCUACCCUCAAGAUCCAAGCCAAGCCAUCCUUGGUCAAAAUCCAUUGCAAACCCCUCCCACUUCGUCCGGUACCGGUACCUCACUUGCAUUCCUCCUUACCAUACUAUCGCCAGCCUUUCGCUCGAGUAAAUCUUGGUCAAAUACCGCAGUCAAUUUUCUUCAGAAAUGGCAAGUCAAGAAUCAAAGUCGGUCAGCGGCAGUGGACCUACUCAGUGUGUCGGUCCGUUGUAUCGUUCAGAAAGUCAGAAGCCCACGGCCACUGUCUCGACUGAAAUCAAGUUAGACAACGUUGUUGUCUUGUCCCAAACGCCUCAACUUAUUGCCCUUCUCACCAUCAUUCGAGACAAGAACACGGAGCGCGGUGACUUCAUUUUCUACUCCAACCGCAUCAUUCGCCUGCUCGUGGAGGAAGGUCUGAACCAUUUGCCUACCGUUGAACAUGACGUGACAACACCCAUUGGUCGGACUUACUCUGGGCUUAUGUUCCAAGGCAAGAUUUGCGGCGUAUCCAUCAUGCGUGCCGGUGAGGCCAUGGAGCAAGGUUUACGCGACUGCUGCCGCUCUGUCAGAAUCGGCAAGAUUUUGAUCCAGCGCGAUGAGGAGACAGCCCAGCCGAAGCUAUUCUACGACAAGCUGCCAGAGGAUAUCGCCCAGCGCUGGGUUCUCCUUCUGGAUCCCAUGUUUGCCACUGGUGGUUCCGCCAUCAUGGCAGUCCAGGUCCUCAAGGCUCGCGGUGUUCCCGAGGACCGCAUCCUGUUCCUGAACCUCAUUGCGAGCCCUGAGGGUAUCCAGAACUUUACCGCAAAGUUCCCCAAAUUGAGAGUUGUCACGGCAUUUGUCGACCAGGGUCUGGACGAAAAGAACUACAUCAUCCCCGGCCUCGGCGAUUUUGGGGACAGGUUCUACACUGUUUAAGUGUGGCUGUAUGUCCUGAAAGCCAACUUUGUAUGGCAUUGGUCUCCGGCUUGGGUUUCUUCUGCACUACUGUCCUUGUCCCCGUGUGUUGCAGACCUUAGGCUGUAUUCAUUGACAAUGCACCUCCUCGUGUACGCUCAAGAGGUUGCUAGUUCAUCUAGUAUUCAUCAUCGUCCAUGUCGAUACCCUCACCCCCGUAUCUCCUAUCAUCGUCGUCAUCGUCUACUGGCCGGCUCGGGGGGGCGCGCCGAGCGCUCGAGGUCUUGUGAUUGCUUCCGCCGACGGGUCCUGCUUCCUUGGCAACAGCAUCUGCAGACAUGUGUCAAAUGCAUUCUUACGGCGAUUGCAACAGCGAUUAAGGUAUCAAAUAUGUACUUACCUGCAGCGUCCACCCACUCUCCAUAAACGUCCACGGCGGCCGAGAGGUCUAACAGGGGUUUAGCAGUGUUGAGAAGGGGGGGACAAAAGCAGUUGCAAGAAUAGAGCCUCACAAUUGAUACUACACUGGAACAUCUGACCGCAUACUCUGCAGUCCAACGAACCAACACCCGCUUUCUUAUCCAGCUUUACAGCGACGGAGUCUUCGUGGUUGCAGAAGAGGCAUGUGAACUUGGAGGGAAGAACCUCUCUCUGUGAGUUGGCGUCAAUAACUGCGUCGCCAGCAUACAAGCAACCUGCACCAGCCCUCACGCGGAGGAAGCAAACGAACCUUUUUCGGGCCUUGAGGUUUGCUCGAACUUUUGCGCUUCCCCAUGAUGUUGAGUGACGAUGAAUGAUAUGCGCGACCGGCGCGUAGAAUAAAGAAGGGAGCGAGAGGGUGUGUCGGGGAAUGGAAGAUUGCGCAGUUCGUCGUUGGCCGCGUUCGUGUUCGGUUGUAAGCGCAGGGUACGCAACGGGCUGGGAUAGACGUGGAAGAAAGCAAUAAGAUUGGUAGUUUGAGGAAGAUGGCUCAGCGACGGGUGGUGAAUGAGGCUAAGAAACCAGCAGAUGCAACGAAUGCGACGGCGGAAUGCGCGACGGCGACUUUCAGUUCGCGGAGGUUACUUCCCAGAUGUAUUUUGCGGGUGGACAGCCCUUGGCCGAGGCGGCGUGGGCGCAAGGUACACUGGUGCCGCAGGUUUAACUCCAGUCACGGUGGUCCAGAAAGCUCUGUUGGCGCAGAAGAUACCUAGGGUACCUAGGUAGGUACCUUUCAUAUGUACCUUACCUAUACCUAAGGUAGGUAGGUAUCGGAGGAUGGCAGCG